GCGACGACGGGGCCUUCUCUCGCAUCAGUUGUUGGCUCGGUGCAGUACGGUAAACGCUCCCGUGUCUUGUCCGCGUGUAUAAUAUACUGCUGCGCCCAUGCCCAGCGCGGCGUAGAGGGACGAGUGGGUGAGACACGACAGUAGCCAGUAGGAGCCCUUACGAAACGGAACGGACAUGAUGGGCCAGUUCACCAAGAGGCAGUGGCUCACGCUCGUCGUCAUCAGCAUCGCUGAUUUCGCCAACGCCAUCUGCGUCUCCCUCCAGGCGCCUUUCUACCCCAAGGAGGCGGAGAAAAAAGGUGCCACCGCCACAGAGUACGGACUCGUCUUUGGCGUCUUCGAGCUCGUCGUCUUCUUCAUCAGCCCCGUCUACGGCAAACACAUAAACCGGAUAGGCCCCAAGAUCCUGUUCAACGGGGGCAUCCUGACAACGGGCACCUGCGCCAUUCUGUUCGGGCUCCUCGACAGGAUAGACGGCCACUACCCGUUCAUCGUCCUCUCGUUCGUCAUCCGGAUAAUCGAGGCAAUGGGCAACGCGGCCUUCCUCACCGCCAGCUUCGCCAUCAUCGCCAAGGAGUUCCCCAACAACGUCGCCACGACCUUCGCCAGCCUCGAGACCUUCUUCGGCCUGGGCCUCAUCGUCGGGCCCACCGUAGGCGGAGCCCUCUACCAGUUGGGCGGCUACACGACGCCCUUCGUCGUACUGGGCUUCGCGUUGUUCCUCGCCGCGGUGUCGACCUUCUUCGUCCUGCCCGUCCAUCACGACGGCGAGGACGCCAGUCAGAGCAUCGAAGGGAAGUACAAAAAGGUCCUGAGGAUACCGGGAGUGAUGAUAGCCUCGGUCUCGAUAAUCGUCACGAGCAUGAGCAUCGGCUUCCUCCAGGCCACCCUCGAGCCCCACCUCAGGCAGUUCAACCUGAGCCCCGUCACCCUCGGCCUGAUGUUCGUCAUAAACGGGGGCACCUAUGCCCUCACCGCCCCCGCCUGGGGCUGGCUCUGCGACAACCACUCCAAUCCCAAAGUGGCGACUAUCGCGGGUUGCGCCCUCGUGAUGAUUGGCUUCGGGCUGAUCGGACCCGUGCCCGUCAUACCACUGGACACCAUAAUCUGGGUCACAAUAUGCGGCCUCAUCAUCCACGGGCUGGGCAUGUCGGCCCAGCUCGUCGCCAGUUUCACCGACGCCCUCAGAAUAUCCAUAGCCAACGGCUUCCCGAACAACCUCGAGACCUACGGCAUGAUCAGCGGACUGUGGACCAGCGCCUUCGCCCUCGGGGCCUUCAUCGGGCCGAGCGUCGCCGGCAUACUCUUCGACAGGAUAGGCUUCCGCAGCGCUUCCAUGUUCAUCGUCGUGCUGCACAUGCUCGUCGGGGUGACGGCGUUCGCCUUCGUGAGCUGCUGCGAUCGCAAGCGCAAGCCGUACACGGAGAUCGGCAGGCAGGAACUCCUCCACUCGGACGAGCCAACGGAUACGCUGACGGACAGCGGGUGCUCGCAUGGUAGCGGUCUGGGUGGCAAAAGGGCCUGGGGCGUCUCGACCGACCGGCCGAGCGGCAUGAACUCGCUGAUAGCCUCCAACAGGGCCGGGGCUUGGUUGCGGGCCUCGUACAGCGGCCGGUACAUCAACAGCUACGGCAGCAUCGACAACAAGCGCUACUUUGACCGCACCACGUGAUCCGUUUCAUCCCUCGAGGGGGGAUUUUACACAAGCCCUGCAGUGCAUGAAUGUGUGUGUGUGUGUGUGUGUGUGUGUGGAGAGGCUCUUCUGCGAAUCGGUGAGAACAAGAGUAUAGGGUACGGGAGGAUAUUUAUGGAGCUGCCUGCACUAUGAUGCUUAUUCUCGUUUUUAUUGUGUCUGCUCCUUUUCCCUCUCCCUGAUGUAUAAGCUCCGCCUGAGAUGAGUGAUGCUCCUGCUCCUGCUGCUGUUGUUGUUGUUAUUGUACCUAUAUAUACAAUAUAAACACACAAGGGAACGGAAAACGCAUCCUUUUACUACUUUUUUUU